CCACUCUGGUCUCGCGCUGACCAUCUGGUACUGUGUAACUUCCAGUUGCCCGACCAAUAUGAAUGAAAUUUUCAAUGCCAAUCCAACGAUAUAUACCAAAUCCAAGCGCUCCUUGAGGAAGUCGCCUUUUGAAACCGGGCAAUCACUUUGGGUAGACGACGUUGAGCAGCAGGAUUGGAGCGACGCUUCUAACGUCGAGCCCAUCGACCAGGAUGAGGUUUUUGACCUCAUCAGGUCUAUCGCUGACCCAGAGCACCCAAACUCUCUGGAAGAACUGCGGGUUGUGUCGGCGGAACAGAUAGACAUUGGAAACAAUCUCAUAACUGUCGAGUUUACUCCUACUGUCCCCCACUGCGGCAUGUCGACUCUCAUAGGACUAUCCAUCAGAGUCAGGCUGAUGCGCUGCCUUCCUCCGAGAUUCAAGGUAGACAUCCGCGUUAAACCGGGGUCGCAUCAGAGCGAGUUGGCUGUCAACAAACAGCUCAAUGACAAGGAACGGGUUGCAGCCGCCCUAGAGAACCCAGCAUUAUUAGAAACACUAGAGAAAUGUCUUGCCACCGCCGGUUCGCAAGAAUGAUUGGGCUGCUUUUGUAACUCGCAUAUCGCGGAUAGCCAACACCGCUGCUUCUUUCGGUGCAGCUCCUCCCGUUGUUCAAGCCCUUUCGAAGACUUCAUAGAGGGCCAAAGAGGGCCGUGAGGGUUACUUGAUGAACAUUAAUCCAGACGCCAUCGUACGUGGUUAAUGAGUAUGGUUGUGUUGUUAUGUGUGGUGUAUAUUAUGGCAAGUGUGAAACAGUAGUGGGUAGUUGACUAUGGCUACAAAAAUGCAUAUGCAAAUUGGCUA